AAGUACACCUUUUGUACUUUACCCUCUUUCUUUGUCUCUCUUUACCUUUCCUUAUAUAUUUAUAGUACUCACCACCCCACCCCUAAUUAUCUAUCAAUCACAUAAUAAUGAACAAGCUCAUGCGCCGGCUGGCUCGAGCCUCUCACUCUCUCCUCCGCUCCUCCGCCGCUCUCGGUGGCUCCUCCGCUAGCGUACCGGAGGGUCACCUACCCGUUUACGUGGGCGAAGAGAUGGAACGGUUCGUGGUAAGCGCCGAGUUACUAAGCCACCCACUCUUCAUAAGCUUGCUUAACAAGUCGGCUCAGGAAUAUGGCUACCAACAGAAAGGUGUCCUACGUAUCCCCUGCCACGUCAUCAUUUUCCGGCGGCUCAUGGAAGCUUUGAGGGUUGGUGAAGAAGCUUCUUAUGAUCUACAACAUCUUUUGUCACAACAUAAUAAUAUUGAUAAUAUCUAUUGAUGGUAGGUAGAGUGAGAUCAUUAGUUCGUAUGUGUUACACUUACACCACUUGAGUUGUAUAUUAAUUACUUUCUUGUGUUUAUAAAUAAAUGUUAAUGACAACUUAGAAUAUAUAUUAAGUUUUUAUUCCGAGUCUUGUAUUUGAA